GUAGGGUGGUAAAAGUGCUGAUAGCUCUAAUCAUUGCUUAGCCAAACAAAGUACCCAGUUUGAUCAUAGCCCAAAUGUUAAUAACCAAUGUUAACGAUACUCUGCGUUCCAAUUAAUUGAUUGCAACCGCAAUUCAUAGAGACCUCAACAGGCGUCGUGAAUGUUUUGAAAUCAGUCAUACGAUGCUCAGUAAACUAUUGUUGUGGCAGUCAUGCAGACUGAAGUCCCGGAGUACGACUACAAUCAUCGCUCGACUGAAAACCGGCAACAGUCCAUUUUCAACCCGUGCUCUCGGCUUACCGCCGUCACCAGUUUUUCAAGCGUUAUUGAGGUCACCGUUACGACAAUGUGGCACAGCUUCCUCCUCUAAAAAAGUGAAGCAUCGAUCAGACUUGAGCCGGCUUCUAACUUACGCUAUUCCCGAACGAAAUACCCUGUUGGCAGCUGUUGGCCUACUUAGCCUAAGUUCCCUAGCUACAAUAGUGUUUCCGUUUCUUAUUGGAAAAACAAUCGAUACAAUAUACGGAUCAGACAAUAAAGAGACAAUGAAGGCGAGACUUAAUUAUAUCGUAGCCAUUGUUGGUGGCCUUGCGGUGAUCGGGGGCGCGGCAAAUUUUGGUCGUGUCUACCUGGUUAAUAUUGCCUCACAACGAAUAACGAAUCGUAUUCGUGCACAGGUUCAUCGGGCUAUAGUUCAUCAGGAGGUGGCGUUUUUCGACACGCAAAGAACCGGCCAGUUGCUAUCGCGUCUCACUAGCGACGCAGCACAGAUCGGCAGUUCGUUAACGCAGAACGCCUCUGACGGACUGCGCGCUUUCUUUUCGAUAGCCGGUGCAGUCGGUAUGAUGACGUACACUUCGCCCCAGCUCAGCCUUGUCGGAUUGGGUAUCGUGGCUCCUGUAGCCGCGGUUGCCAUAGUUUAUUCAAAGAAACUGAAAAAAGUUGCAGCCAGUGUACAGAACAAACUGGCUGAAGCGAGUGGUGUUGCCGAGGAGCAGUUCUCAAAUAUACGCACCGUGCGAAUGUUUAGUAAAGAGGACCUAGAGCUAUCACGUUACGCGAAGACUCUUGACGAAGUACUGGCGGCGAGAACGGAUGAGGCGAAAAGACGUGCAAUCUUCUUUGGGACGACUGGGGCAUCAGGCAAUGUCAUGAUUAUGUCCGUUCUUUACUACGGCGGAAUGUUGAUGGCCGACGGUCACAUAAGCGUAGGGAGUCUUAGCUCGUUCCUCAUUUACGCCGCUUACGUUGGCGUCUCGAUGGGGAGCAUGUUUAAUUUUAUCUCAGAGACAAUGAAAGCGCUAGGUGCCUCUCAGAAGCUCUGGGCAAUCAUGGACCGCCAACCAGCUGUUCCGCUCGACAGCGGCAAACUGCUGCCGAACGUAGAGGGCAGAAUAGAAUUUAGGGGGGUUAGCUUCCGGUAUCCUACGCGCAAGUCCAAUAUCCUGAACGGGUUAGACCUUGAGAUCCUGUCGGGAAAAGUCACGGCCGUAGUUGGCCCGUCCGGUUCUGGCAAAUCGACAUUAGCCGGCUUAAUACUGCGUCUCUACGACCCGGACAGCGGCGUAGUUCAGCUUGAUGGCCAUAAUAUAGCUGAAUUAAAUCCCACCUUUCUACGAAACCAAAUCGGUGUUGUAGCUCAGGAGCCUGUUCUAUUUUCGGCGACCAUUCGUGAGAACAUCGAGUACGGCAGCACGACUCCGGUGACAACCAACGAUAUUAUGGAGGCUGCCCACGUUGCCAAUAUCUACGAUUUCGCUAGUGAACUUCCUCAAGGAUUUGACACUAUAGUGGGUGAGCGCGGUGUCAUGCUAUCUGGUGGCCAGAAGCAGAGAAUCGCGAUAGCUCGCGCAAUCCUUCGCAAGCCGAAAAUUCUUAUUCUUGAUGAAGCGACCAGCAGUCUUGAUGCCAUUAGUGAGAGGCUUAUUCAGGAUGUUCUCGAGCGUUUCUCAAAAGGACGCACCGUCGUUGUUAUUGCCCAUCGUCUAUCGACAAUUCAACGGGCUGACAAUAUCGUCGUUUUGAAUGGCGGUCAAAUUGUAGAGCAAGGCCGAUUCGGUGACCUCGUUCGUAUUGAAGGAGGUAUGUUCAACAACCUAGUCACACAUCAAAUGAGGGCGUAAACGACCAUGACUAUCACGUCAGAUAGUAAGUGGCCGCUGAACGCCGCGAACAGUUAGCCUCGAUGUGUGUGUGUGUGUGGGAGCAUAUGUACGCCUUUGUGCAGUCAAGCGUAUGUAUCUCAAUGCAAAGACACUGUAGUUCAUGUUCGAACGACCAUCAUUGCCAUUAUUAUUAUUAUUGAGUAUCAAGUGAUGUUAGUUCAAUAAACGCCUGCUACACUUCCUCUUCCUGGUCAAAAUUACAGAGCUGCCCCGUACCUAUCCCGCGAACGACUACCAUUACAAUAGUUUUCACCAGUUGACCCUCUUCGAUGCGAAGGAACAUGAAGGGAUUCAUUACUAUUAUUCGUGACUCAUGCACGGCUGGCGGUGUUGUUGCGGGUUUGGUACGUGUGCCUUACAGUUAUAAAUAAGAGCAAAUGGAACGGAGGGGAAGGGGUGGGAAAGUGACACCGUAGAGGACGAACUAUACGGUAUUUUAGUAUGUUGUAAUUUAGAUUCGCUUGGGCUACGUUUAUAAGCCAGAAUUGAUUCUGUCACCUUUGUAGGAUUGUCUUCCCAUGAAACCAUGUGUUCGAAUACAAAAAAAAGCUUGUACAGUAAGAUUUGACAUUAUCGCCUAUCGAGCGUCAUGAACCAGUCACUAACCAUAAUGAUAGUGUACUUUUAUUCACUACACGUAUGUUGCGUAACGUGUUCUUCAUUAAGUUUACAUAAGGAAACAUUAGAAAAUGAGAAUGGGAAUCACCUAAGUUGGUAUUAACUUGCAUUAUCCGAGUAAUUUCAUUGUUCAACACAAUUUUUUCAUGACGCUGACAGAAAUACGCGUGCGAAGUAUUAACAAAAUAUGUGGAAAAUAUGUUUCCUAGCAACAUUGUUCUGGAUUGUUGUGAGCUGAAGUGUCGGAGUUUUAUGCAAGAGCAACAUAGAAAAUUCAAAUUGUUUAUAUGGAAACGCAAAACGAAGAGUAUUUAGAGAAGGCAUUGGAUAAAAGGCAUAAUAUAAUUAUUAAAGAUGUUUCUUAAUAAAUUAUUUACAUUUUUCUAAAAUCGAAACUAUUCGUUGAUUUUCUUCCGGUAUGUAUAAUACAUUCUAUGCCUAUUUUUUGAGGACUUUGUAAACUUCUUAGUCUACUGGCAUGCGAAAUUCUACAAUUACUAAAUGUUUGAUUUAUUUAAAAAUUUGUACCCGUACAUGACAUAGGUUGUCGUAUCCUCCGAUUUAUAUAUAUCCCCUAAUACAAGCAGGGCUAUACCGUGUCAGCGUUAAAUCGAAUUUUUUGUCUAGCAGUAGCUUUCGGUUUGCCUUUCCCUUGUUUUAUUACCAGUUUAACGUAUAGAAGUUUAUGUUGAAUAAUAUCUUUUAGUAUAUUUCACUGUUUCUGCAAUGAGUUUAAUUAGUUCAUUACUGCAGAUUUCCAAAAAAGCGUCUAUGUAACCUUUAGAUAGAUUAACAAUGUUGCAUUCGUAUAGACUAGUACCACCAAUGAGCUCUGUACCUAUGCGAUAGGAGAGGAAAUGCGGCUAUGUUUCGAGUUUUACGUCCGGUAUUGUCGUUAAAAAAGAAAGUGUCUGACUGACGUUCAAAGGGAGCAG